AUGAACCAAAAAUUAAACCGAAUCCUUUAUUCUUAGGGUAAUAUGACUACAAGCGCGACCUAGUCUCCAUCGUAAAACAUAAACUAUAACGAUGCAGGAGAGCUACUGGAUAUGAAACUCAACUAAGUUCGGAAAAUAAACCGAUAGCAGAAUGAUAACAUCAGAUUGCUGAAGUCUCGACUGAAUCAUAUCCAACAUUAAGAUUUUAAUUGCUAGAGGAAUAUAUCUAGAACAAGUAAUGAAAUUUAAUCAAUAAUUUCUACUAAAUCUAGAGUCAAUGAGGACUAGAUGAGGAAGCAAUUCCUGGAUGAGAUCAGAUAAAAGAAACUUCAAGAAUAUUCACAAAGAGCUAAUUUGUCAAAAAUGGAGAGAAUAAAACGGAGCUAGAAUGUUGAAAACUGUAAGUUAUAAAUGUAUUUGAUAGAGAAAUAAAUAUACUCUGAAACUCAUUCUUUCUUAAAUAAAGAAUAUAAAUCGAAUUUAUCUCAAGCAAAAUUGUAAACUUGGAAUGAAAUUUAUGGGACUAAUUGCAAAUCUCACAAACAGAUCAGAUAGGCUCAUCUUCAACAUCAAUAAGACAAAAUCAUCUAAUUACAAUUGAAACAAUAAGAAGGAUCAUAUAAUUAUAAAUAGAAGAUAAUAAAGGAAGCAUAGCAAUUUCAAGAAAGACAAAUGAGAGUAACAGAAUUAGAAGAGGCAGAAGAAUAAUUUUUGAUGAAACUAAAAGUCACUCAGAGUAAGAACCGAUCUAUGAGUGCAAAAAAGGAAGAGAUAAGGAGAAUUCCUGCCGAAAAAAUAGCAAUCAGCAAAAAUAAUCUCUUUAGAAUAAAUUGA